GAGGCAGGCAGCAGGCUAGGCUGGGUGGCGGUUGGCGCGGGAACCAUGUCUCGCUACGGCCGCUAUGGAGGCGAGACCAAGGUGUACGUGGGGAACCUGGGCACCGGCGCCGGCAAGGGCGAGCUGGAGCGAGCCUUCAGCUACUACGGCCCCCUGCGCACCGUGUGGAUCGCGCGGAACCCGCCGGGCUUCGCCUUCGUGGAGUUCGAGGACCCGCGAGACGCGGAAGACGCGGUGCUCGGACUGGACGGAAAGGUGCUGUGUGGCUCCCGGGUGAGAGUGGAGCUGUCCACCGGCAUGCCCCGCCGCUCCCGCUACGACCGGCCUCCCGCGCGGCGCCCCUUUGAUCCCAACGACCGGUGCUACGAGUGCGGCGAUAAGGGGCAUUAUGCCUAUGACUGUCAUCGCUACAGCCGCCGGCGGAGGAGCAGGUCACGGUCUAGAUCUCAUUCAAGGUCCAGAGGAAGAAGGUAUUCUCGGUCACGCAGCCGAAGCCGUGGUAGGAGAUCCAGGUCAGCUUCCCUUCGCAGGUCGAGGUCGGUGUCGCCUCGUAGAUCUAGAUCGGCCUCACCCCGUAGAUCCCGAUCACGUUCUUUAAAAAGAUCAAGGUCUAGAUCCAGAUCCAGAUCCAGAUCUGCUUUAUGGCCACGAAGCAGCCGAUCAAAAUCCAGAUCACCAUCUCCAAAGAGAAGUCGUUCACCAUCAGGAAGCCCUCGAAGGAGGAGUGCAAGUCCUACCAAGCCCCAAGAGGAAACUAGAUGCCUGUGAAGACCCACAGGCCUGGAACUGGGAAGAGGAUGACCUGGGGAGAAAAGUAGAUGUACAGAAAUGGAGGAGGAGAUUGGGCCAGGAAAGUACUUGCAGUGGAAAAGAACCAGACAACAAAUGUAGCAAGGGCUGAGAGGAAUAUACCAAAUGUGAAGGAAUUGAAAUGGGGGGAGGAAUUCUGCCUUUCCCCUGAAAAGGGCAACACAAGCACUGUAGUUUGUAUUAAAUGCACUAAAAAUAAAUGUAAG